AUGAGGCAGAAGAAAACGCUCAAGGUGAGCAUCCACGAAAUUAAAAAGUACUGCCCCUUCGUGAAAAACAUACAGAUCUUUUACAGCGCCAAUGAGAGCAAAAGCAAAGACAAGCAGAACAAAAAUAAUGUGGUCCUAUCGGUCAUGGCGAAUUUAUGCCCCGUGGGGAAGGCCAUCAACGAAAAGCGCCUAAUAAUAAUAGACAACAAGUCGAAAAUAAAUAUUUUGAAAAUUCUUAGAAAGUCGAAUAUCAUAUCGAGGCAGCUGGUGGAUUCGUUGGGGGGGCGAACGGACACCGGUGAGUCUAUCCCCACGGGUGAGUAUAACCCCACGGGUGCUUCUAUCCCCACGGGUGAAUAUAACACUAGGGGUGCUUCUAUCCCUAGGGGUGAUGCGCACCCCUGUGGAGAAUGCCUGUGUAAGAGCUGGACCCCAACCCAGACGCACACCAACACCCUGAGCGUGGUUGAAAACAAACCCAGUGGCUCAUUAACAUGGUCGAGCGAAGCCUACAGACUGUUCCAAACGGAAUGCCAAAACGAUUUGAAGGAACUUCUUAAUAAACUCUUCUUAGACAGAAGGUACCGAGUGUUUACCAUUCUAAACAAAUGUAGGAAGUAUUACCCAAAUGUGAGUAUCGAAAAUGAUAAAUUAUUUCUUCCCAUUUUUUUUAAGUUUUUUCAAAAUUUUGGCUACAAACAAUGUGUUGGGAGUAGUGCCUGCAGGAUUGGGGUCGAUUACGAUGCUGUCGCAAACGGGUUUAGAAGUGCCACCCCCAGGAAGGAAACCACUCACGGGUGGAAGUCCUCCAAUGUGCUCUCAUCUGUCAUCAGAACAACGAACGAUAAGACCGUCGUGUGGUGCUCCAACGAUUACCUAUGCUUGUCGAAUAACCAACAAGUGAUAGACGUGGGAAUCGAAACGCUGAAAAAAAUUGGGAACAGCAGUGGGGGCACAAGGAACAUCUCAGGCAGUCUUCUAAAUCAUAGUCACUUGGAAUACAUUUUGGCUAAAUGGUUUAAUAAAGAGAGUGCACUAUUAUUCACCUCGGGGUAUAUAGCAAAUGUGGGUGCAUUAGAAACUCUGGGGAAAUUGCUAAACCUUGUGUUCGUGUCGGACCAAAUGAAUCAUGCAUCUAUCAUCAAUGGGAUCAGAGAAUCCAGAUGUGAAAAAAUUAUUUUCAAACAUAACGAUAUGGUAGAUCUAGAGAAGGUUCUAAAAAGCCUAAGAACAGAUAAAGAAUACCAAAAUAGAAAAAUCAUGAUUGUCUUUGAAUCCAUUUAUAGCAUGUCAGGGAAUAUUUCUAACAUUCCACGUAUUGUUCAGCUAGCCAAAAAGUAUAAUGCACUUACCUAUGUGGAUGAGGUUCAUGCAGUAGGACUGUAUGGAAAAACGGGUUCUGGAUAUUCAGAAGAAUUGAAUUUAUGCGAUCACAUUGACAUAAUUAAUGGCACUUUAUCAAAAGCGAUAGGCUCCUUGGGUGGGUUCAUUUGUGCAAACAAAUACUAUAUUGACGUCAUUAGAUCCUACUCGCCCCAUUUUAUUUUCACCACGUCCUUGACGCCUGUUAAUAUUAACACAUCUGCGGAGGCCAUACACAUAAUUCAGAGCGACUUAACUCUGCGGAAUAAAUUUCGCCAAGUUGUGCAGAAGACAAAGGAAAGUUUGGAGCGACGGGGCAUACACAUUAUGAAGAACAACUCCCACAUCGUCGUUGCGUUGAUUAACUGCGCUGAGAAGUGCAAGCAGAUUUGCGACGACCUGCUGGCGGAGCAUAAUAUAUACCUGCAGCCGAUUAAUUACCCGACCGUUUCGAGGGGAUCGGAAAGAAUCAGAAUCACGCCCUCGCCGUACCACACAGAUGAGCACAUCGAAAAGCUGGCGCGCAGCCUCUACCUGCUCUUCAAAAAGUACCAAGUGAACAUGUUUGAUGGGAAGAACAGUCAGGUGCAAAUGAAGCUAUAG